AUGCAGGCAGUGACUGGCUUGCGGGACCCGGUCUCCAGCAACACUCUUCGGAAAUUCGAUGGCAAAGAGUCCAGAUUAGUCCAAGCUGGAUUGAAUUCGGCGAUGCAGGGUGCCUCGAUUGGAUAUGUAGAAGAGUGUUCUGUCAAUCUGCGCAAGUAUAACGCAAUUAUGCUCCACCAGGCGCUUGUAGGUCUGCAAUGGUUUGGCUCACCACCGCGAAGCAAUAUCGACAAAGGUCUUCGUGCAAAAUUGGCCAAAUAUAAUGUUCAAGACAUGGCCAACCACGUCUGGUUAAGCCUCGAUAUCUCUAUCGGCCAUGGGAUUCGAUAUCAGAACCAAGAGGCAGCAUCGAGCUUCAUUUGUGAGCCAAACUUAGACGGGAACGCGUUUCCCCCGAGUAUGAGGCUAGAAUAG